ACAUUUGUGCUCGUUCUAAGCGCGGAUAUUAUAUUUUAUAUUUCUUUUUAUAGUUUCGAGUAUUAAAGAUGACAGAGGCGAUAGCGAAAGGUGAGGCUGUACUGCUCCGUCAAGCGUACGACAAGUUUGUCGCAGAAUACAGUUUCAAGCCUGUCGCAGCCGCAGCGGCUCCGGGUAGGGUGAACCUUAUCGGUGAACACGUGGACUAUUGCGAGGGUUUUGUUUUACCUGUGGCGCUGCCUUUUCUCACAGUCGUAGUGGGCGCAUAUAAUAACUCAGACGAGUGUCAGGUUCUCUCAAUCCUCGGCAAUGGUCAAGAGGUAAAGGCGAUAUUCCCUGCUACUACAGCAUCAGGUCUCAAACCCGGUGAACCAGCUUGGGCAAACUAUGUUAAAGGCGUUUUAGCUAAUUUUCCAGAAAAAGUUUCCGGAUUUGACGUUGUCAUAGUAUCAGAUGUUCCGAUGGGAUCUGGCGUAUCGAGUAGUGCGUCUCUCGAAGUGGCGUUUUUCACAUUCUUGGAGGCACUAACAGGGACUCGGGUUGAGCCUGUGAAGAAGGCUCAGCUUUGUCAAAAAGCGGAACACGAGUUUCCAGGGAUGCCGUGCGGUAUAAUGGACCAGUUUAUUGUUACCAUGGGAAAGAAAGACCACGCUCUGUUGAUUGACUGCAGGUCGUUGGAGGCGAAACAUAUACCGAUGGAUUCCACUGAAGCUGUUAUUCUAGUGGUCAACUCAAAUGUGAAGCAUCAGCUGACGGGAAGCGAAUAUCCACAACGUCGUGCUCAGUGCCAGGAAGCCGCCAAUAAGCUGAAAAUACCUUCGUUGAGGAGUGCAGAUAUAAAUGACUUAGCAGAGUUGAAAUGUUUGAAGUGUGAUGAGCUGGUGUGCAAACGAGCGACACAUGUAGUGGAAGAGAUCGCCAGGACGGAAGAGGUGGCUAAGCUCUUACCACAAAAGGAUUUCAGUGAGGUUGGAAUACGGUUUUACCAAUCGCACGAGUCACUCAGCAAGUUGAUGGAGGUGUCGUGUCCGGAGCUGGACCAACUGGUCAACAUAAUGAAAUCAUCGCCAGGAGUCUACGGAGCGAGGAUGACUGGAGGUGGAUUUGGAGGCUGCGUUAUUGCAUUGGUCAAGAAAGAAUUCGUCGAAGAUGUGAAAAGAAAAGUAGAGGCUCAGUACAGUGGCAGCCCGGUGUUCUUCGUAUGCCAGCCGAGCGACGGAGCCAGGAUAUUGAAACUACAAUAGAUGAAUAAAUUAUUUAUAUUUUUA